AUGGGAAGCGGAGACGGCACCGGUGACAGCACGGAAGGCCAGGGCUAUGCUGCCGACAUUGAUUCCAUCAGGGAGGCGCAGGCACGCAUUGCGCCGUACAUCCACAGGACGCCCGUUCUGUCGUCGACGUCCAUCGAUGCCAUGGUGGGGAAGCAGCUCUUCUUCAAGUGCGAGUGCUUCCAGAAAGCGGGCGCAUUCAAGAUCCGAGGUGCUUCGAAUUCGAUAUUCGCACUUGACGAUGAGCAGGCAUCAAAGGGCGUUGUGACACAUAGCAGUGGGAACCAUGCCGCCGCCGUGGCUUUGGCUGCAAAGCUGCGUGGCAUACCUGCACACAUUGUCAUACCAAGAAAUGCACCAGCGUGUAAGGUUGAAAAUGUUAAGCGGUAUGGUGGUCAUAUUAUCUGGAGCGAUGCCAGCAUUGAAUCGAGAGAAUCUGUUUGUAAAAGAGUCCAGGAGGAGACUGGUGCUGUUCUUAUUCAUCCCUUCAAUGAUAAAUACACUAUCAGUGGUCAGGGUACAGUAUCUCUUGAACUUUUGGAGCAAGUCCCUGAAAUUGACACAAUUAUUGUUCCCAUUAGUGGCGGUGGUUUAAUUUCUGGUGUGACUCUUGCUGCAAAGGCCAUAAACCCUUCGAUACGCAUUCUGGCAGCAGAACCAAAAGGUGCUGAUGAUUCUGCGCAGUCUAAGGCUGCUGGAAAGAUCAUCACAUUGGCUUCCACAAACACCAUUGCUGAUGGACUACGAGCUUUUCUUGGUGACUUAACAUGGCCUGUGGUGCGUGACUUGGUGAACGAUGUUAUCGUUGUGGAUGACACUGCGAUUGUGGACGCCAUGAAAAUGUGCUAUGAGAUCCUGAAGGUGGCUGUUGAGCCUAGUGGCGCAAUUGGCCUGGCCGCAGCACUGUCCGACGAGUUUAAGCAAAGCUCUGCUUGGCAUGAGAGCAGCAAGAUAGGGAUAAUUGUUUCCGGAGGCAAUGUUGACCUCGGCGCUCUUUGGGAGUCUCUGUACAAACAAUGA